GUUAUCUUAGGAGAUGAGCUGUAGGCUCUAAAAAGGUAAUCCUUUAUGACCUUUUGAUAACAGUAUUGAUCUAGACAAACAUGGGGAGGAGGUGGGGAUGAGAUACAUCAAAUGGCUGAAGGGGUUGGCAAGGAUUAGUGCUAUUGACACUACAUGGAAGUAAUGAUGGAGGAACGCUGCCCCUCUGAAAGAGGAAGAAAAUGGGCUUAACCCUCAUCAAGCUGGGGGCGGGGGAGGUCUCAAAAUUGGUGUUUGUUUCUUAGCAGCUGCUGCUAUGUCCAAGGCUUGGAAUUGCCGUGGUGAAUCUAAAACUGUCUCAGUAGUGCCAGACUCCUUGAAAUACCCUUUCAGUAAUCAUUCAACCAACGCUUCCAUGUCUCUACUCUGUCAUAACAAAGGCUGUGGGCAGCACUUUGACCCUAAUACCAACCUUCCUGAUUCCUGUUGCCAUCACCCUGGGGUCCCAAUCUUCCAUGAUGCACUUAAGGGUUGGUCCUGCUGCCGAAAGCGAACUGUAGAUUUCUCUGAGUUCUUAAACAUCAAGGGCUGUACUAUGGGACCACACUGUGCUGAGAAGCUUCCUGAGGCCCCUCAACCUGAAGGCCCUGCUACAAGCAGUUCACUUCAGGAGCAAAAACCUCUGAAUGUGAUUCCAAAGUCAGCAGAGACCUUGCACCGGGAGAGGCCCAAGUCAGAGUUGCCUCUGAAGCUGCUGCCACUAAAUAUAUCCCAAGCCCUGGAAAUGGCAUUGGAACAGAAGGAAUUAGACCAGGAACCUGGGGCAGGACUUGACAGUAGUCUGAUCCGGACUGGUUCCAGCUGCCAGAACCCAGGAUGUGAUGCUGUUUACCAAGGCCCUGAGAGUGAUGCUACUCCAUGUACCUACCACCCAGGAGCACCCCGAUUCCAUGAGGGGAUGAAGUCUUGGAGCUGUUGUGGCAUCCAGACCCUGGAUUUUGGGGCAUUCUUGGCACAGCCAGGGUGCAGAGUCGGUAGACAUGACUGGGGGAAGCAGCUCCCGGCAUCUUGCCGCCAUGAUUGGCACCAGACAGAUUCCUUAGUAGUGGUGACUGUAUAUGGCCAGAUUCCACUUCCUGCGUUUAACUGGGUGAAGGCCAGUCAAACUGAGCUUCAUGUCCACAUUGUCUUUGAUGGUAACCGUGUGUUCCAAGCACAGAUGAAGCUCUGGGGGGUCAUAAACGUGGAGCAGAGCUCUGUCUCCUUGAUGCCAUCUCGGGUUGAAAUCUCCCUGGUCAAGGCUGACCCAGGAUCCUGGGCCCAGCUGGAGCACCCUGAUGCACUAGCUAAGAAGGCUAGGGCAGGGGUUGUGUUAGAGAUGGAUGAGGAAGAAUCUGACGAUUCAGAUGAUGAUCUGAGCUGGACAGAGGAGGAGGAAGAGGAGGAAGCAAUGGGGGAAUAGUGACACCAGACAGUUGAUGUCUAGAUAGGACCUCAAUGAUUCCCUUAGAAUCUUAGAGACUAGGAUAUUGUUGGCCAUGUGGCGUCAUUGAGCAGCAGGAGGCUGAAGGAGGGAAGAACAAAAAUUGUCCAAACCAUGCUGUUUUUUCCCUUAAAUAAAUCUUGUAUUCUUCAGUUUCACAUAGUGUCAUUCUCUCACCUCACUAUCUAAGAUUGUAUUUAUUACCCCCAACUGUGUGUUCAACACACAUUGUGAAAACAAGCACAUGCACAAUCUAUUCCUCACAACCACCAGGUAUUUACUGAGUACUCCCUAUGUGCCCAGUUAUGUGUUAGGUGGUUUAGAAAUAUCUGAGAAACAGAAGACUUACUCAUUUCUCUCAACAAAGUAACAACCUGGCUGACAA